AUGCGGCGGACGAAGCAACACAGCGAAGCAGGGUGUGAUCAGGAUGAGGCUUGUCCCGUAACUUCAUUGACGGGUUCGUCCAACCGAGAUUGGCAGAUGGCGGACUCUAGUCGGCACGGAGGAGGGCCUGUUAGCACGAAAAUACGCUAUACCAAGGUUGUCUGGCUGCGGGCUAGGAGGGCUUUUCGGCUGAAACAACUGCGGGGGAUAUUCGCUGUAUUCAGGGCUUGGCACUCAGUAAUUGCAAAACAGGCUCUUCUUAUAGGACGGACGUCUUUACUUGAGGAGUUGUGUCGCUUAUCAGUACGCUUGAGUGAAGACAGACUGCAGCCAGCCGGCGGGGUGCAGAUUCUGAGCCAUUACAAGCAGAGAGAUUGGCCGAACUUCUCGAUGAACUCUUUGUGUUGGACCCACACCGCAGAAUCAUGUGUAGGGGCAAGCAGGAACGUUGUGGAUGGCGCAGACGUGGAGGAGCCCUGUGAGACCUCGAGCGUUGUCAACAGGCGAGGAAGCGAAUACAGCUUCAUCAAGGAGCAAGAUCACGGCGAGAAGACAAGCUUACUUAGAGUAACCUCACCUAUAUCUCCAACGCUCGAUAAUUUGACGCCAUGUUUUGACAGAUGUCAGACAGCAGCUGUCGACAACAAGGGGACACUAAUGGAUAAGCGCGAACAGCAGCUCUCCGGCUUCUGA